UUUUUUCUUCCCUCCAGGCUUCUGAGGCUUGUGAAAAAAUGUGCUGUAUAUUUGAAGUGUUGGGUCAUGUGACCCAGCUUGGGUUUAUGAAUCAAAGUGCAUAAUGAUUUCUGAGUGAGGCAGACGGAGAGAGGGAGAGUGCGGAGGUGUACAGGCAUUAAGGAGGACAGAAAUAUACAUUCUGCUCUGCCUGUGCGGCUGAAGAGCUUCCGAAGAAAGAUACAGGCUCGCUUCAACUCUCUCUUCUCCCCCAUCGCGCGCACUGUGUCCAUUCAUCCAUCCGGCAGACCCUCUCUCAUUUGCUGAAAGAAACCCCACCCACAGCGAGCCUGGCCACCUGCUCAAACCAGGCCUCACAGCUGCAGCAGCCAGUAGAGGGCAGCGGUAAUUGGUGUGAGAUCUACGUUCCGGCCUGGGAAACUAACGCUUCUGCUGCACGGAACCGGAUUUACUCUCCGUUUGCCAUGGCGACCAAUCGGGAACGGCAGGUGGGCCACAUGACUGGCUUCCCACCGGCUGUCUACCCAUUCGCUUUCAACUCCAUCAGAAGCCACUCCCCCUUUGACCUGCUAGCCAAUAGCAGCCUUUUUGGCCGGUUUGGGGCAGACCUACCUAAGGAGAUGGCAGCACUUUCGGUGGAAACUCAAAGCUCCAGCUCCGAGGAGAUGGUCCCCAGCUCGCCUUCGCCUCCUCCUCCGCCGCGUAUUUACAAGCCCUGCUUCGUGUGCCAGGACAAGUCCUCAGGGUACCACUACGGCGUGAGCUCCUGCGAGGGCUGCAAGGGCUUCUUCCGGCGCAGCAUCCAGAAGAGCAUGGUGUACACCUGCCAUCGUGACAAAAACUGCCAAAUCAACAAGGUGACCCGCAAUCGGUGCCAGUACUGCCGGCUGCAGAAGUGCUUCGAGGUCGGCAUGUCCAAGGAAGCAGUGCGCAAUGACCGCAACAAGAAGAAGAAGGAGGUGAAAGAGGAGGUGGUGGUACCGGAGAGCUAUGAGCUGAGUGGAGAACUGGAGGAGCUGGUCAACAAAGUGAGCAAGGCCCAUCAGGAGACGUUCCCAUCACUAUGUCAGCUCGGCAAAUACACCACCAAUUCCAGCUCAGACCAUCGGGUGCAACUGGACUUGGGCCUCUGGGAUAAGUUUAGUGAGCUCUCCACCAAGUGCAUCAUCAAGAUCGUGGAGUUUGCCAAGCGCCUGCCUGGAUUCACCUCGCUCACCAUCGCCGAUCAGAUCACUCUGCUCAAGUCAGCCUGUCUGGAUAUCUUGAUGCUACGGAUCUGUACCCGAUACACUCCAGAACAGGAUACCAUGACCUUUUCAGAUGGGCUGACCCUGAACCGCACCCAGAUGCACAAUGCUGGGUUUGGGCCACUCACUGACCUGGUGUUUGCUUUCGCCGGCCAACUCCUCCCCCUGGAAAUGGACGACACCGAGACGGGUCUGCUCAGCGCCAUCUGCCUCAUCUGUGGAGACCGCAUGGAUCUGGAGGAACCACAGCGUGUGGACAAGCUACAGGAGCCGCUGUUGGAAGCUCUGAAGAUCUACGCCCGGCGCCGGCGCCCCAACAAGCCUCACAUGUUCCCGCGGAUGCUGAUGAAGAUCACAGACCUCCGUGGUAUCAGCACUAAGGGAGCUGAGAGGGCCAUUACGCUGAAGAUGGAGAUCCCGGGACCCAUGCCCCCGCUGAUCCGCGAGAUGUUGGAGAACCCCGAGGCGUUCGACGAGCAGCCCGAGGCCGGCGAUGGCCCUGCACUGGCCACCCCGCCCGCCAUCACCAUCAAGCAGGAGCGGGAGGAAGACGAGGAAGAGGAGGAGAGCGUCGCUAAUGAGAACAGCAGCGAGCCGUCACCUGAGGAGGAGGAUGACGAGGAUGAGGACGGCGUAGAUGAAGAGAGGGAAAGGGGAGCUGACAGUGACGUGGAGGCCUGGGGGGCACUGGAGAGCACUGGCGAGGUGCCCAAGGGCAGUAAAUGAGUCCAGCUGUCCCUGAAGACUCUCAUCCUCCCUCAGCCUGCAGGGGGCGCUGAUCCUGCCCCAGGCAACUCCUACAGCAGACCCAGGGGUGGACAGCACGUGAGAGAAGAAGACAGCACUUCCCUCCUGAACUUCAUGCGGGUGCAAAAAAUAUGAGUUUUCGCAGGAAAAAAAAUAACAGUACAGUUUUUAAAAUCUAUUUUAUUUGAAAUAAUGCCAAAAUGUAGAAACACCAGCGCUGUGCACUGGACUCAAGGGGAAGCACAAGAUGUCUCACGGGGUCUUCUUCAGGGUGCAGUGCUUCAGGGAGCCACCAGGGGCCACUAAAGACACUUGUUAAAAUGAACCCACAACAUACCAUACAACCAAACUGAACAUGGUAAUCGUCUGUUGUUCAUGAUUCUUACAUUUGUUUAAUUUCCUUUAUUCUAUUUCGUUUAUCAUGAUAUAUUAUUUACCCAUAUAUCUAUAUAUCUUUAUAUCAUUGUCUUCGAUUGUCAUGUACGGCUUGGUUUAUCUUUGCAAUAAUCAGUCUCUGGCUACGGUCAUUUCAGUGAAAAAGUUGACAAUUAACAACCGACAAACCUCUUCAAUCUGAUGUCGAGUUCUUUUACGCUCUCAGCGAGGACUCAACAGUGAGGGGCCUGGCUUGAAAAUGUAUGACGAAAGAUCUUAAAUAGAGGCUGUAAUGACUUUCAUGGUUAAAAGUCUUUAUUUGUCAUAUUGUGUCACACGGACACGAAAUCAUGCUGCCAGGUGGACAGUCUUUUGUUUGUGCCAAAAGCGGCUCUUUGCAAUGUGAGGUAAUCAGGGUGGCUGUCUGGGACGCGGGCUGCUUGCAGAGCCCCACACAGCCUCACACAGCCUCACACAGCUUCACACGCCUCACACAGCUUCACGCAGCCUCACACAGCCUCAUGCACCUCACACAGCUUCACACAGCCUCACACAGCCUCACACAGCUUCACACAGCCUCACACAGCCUCACACAGCUUCACACGCCUCACACAGCUUCACGCAGCCUCACACAGCCUCAUGCACCUCACACAGCUUCACACAGCUUCACACGCCUCACACAGCUUCACACGCCUCACACAGCCUCACACGCCUCACACAGCUUCACACGCCUCACACAGCCUCACACACCUCACACAGCUUCACGCAGCCUCACACAGCCCCACACAGCCUCACACAGCUUCACAUGCCUCACACAGCUUCACGCAGCCUCACACAGCCUCACACAGCCUCACACAGCUUCACACGCCUCACACAGCCUCACAUGCCUCACACAGCCUCACACAGCCUCACACAGCCUCACGCGCCUCACACAAGGACAAGCUGGACACAAAGAACCAUAUAUCACAGCCGACGUGCACAGAACAUCAGCCAGCUCACAAACAGCAGCUCCACCCGUGGAGCUUAGCUGCCUCUCCAUUGGCUGUGUAUGCAGUGUGUAUGGAGUUAGCAGAUGUUUGUGUACAGAUUUCGCAGAGGUGACCAUGGUGGCAGACUGACAGCUCGUUCUCCGGGGAUUCGGUUACUCAUUCUUUCUGUCUCUCACUCUUGCAGAGACACAUGCCUGCACACAUUCAGACCCACAGACACACACAUCCACACACGUUAGUAUUCAGAUCAUGGUGAGGGCCGUCCUUUCAUUCCUAUAAGAAAAACCCUAAUUCCAACAACGACAACCUUAAUUCCUACCCACCCCUAAUCUUAACCAAUUAAAAUACAAGAUGUACAAAAUGCAAGGCAUUUUUAGUUUUUUAAUUAUCACGGAUUUUCAUAAGACUAAGCUCCCCUUUGUGGGACUGGAAAAACAUUUGGUCCCCACAAUGUAAUGUAAUAUAUAUAUAUAUUCCCACACACACACAUACACCAUUUUAGUUGAUGACACUCAGGGCAAUUUAAGGACCAAAUCCUCGCUACCUUUGGCAGCCAGAGACAGUCAAACAAUGCAGCCUCUCUGUCUGUCACACAUCAGGAAAACAGGCAAAGUGAGCUUCCCUUGUCAAAGCCAUUCAUUUCUGUGUGAUCUCGGGGGGUCUUCUCUUUGUUAAGUUCUUAAUGACAGAACCAAGAAAUGCACAUAAAUGACCGGGGUGGGAUAUGCUUUUCAUUCCUGGGAGCAUAACAGAAGUAAACCUCUGCCAAAGCGUUUUGUCUCGUUCCAGCAGUCAGAUGAAUAGUACCCUGACAUGACAAUAAAAAGCAGCCGUUUUUAGCAUUGCCCCCUAGUGGCUGGUCAGUGCACUGACUUCUUUAUUACAGAGGAUGUCUGCUUUGAGUGUCUACCUGCGCCCAAGCACUGGGUACCUCUCAUUUCCUUGUUUACUGAUGCUGAGGCAGAGUUUGGGCAACAAACUCUACCUUUGUGAGUAUUUUUUAUUAUUGUUUAUUAUUAUUGAUGUUAUAGUUGUUUCAUUCGCUCAUAACGUUCUUCUGCUUUCUUGAGAUCUACAAGACAAUUACAGUACCUGUCAUAAAAAUAAAAUUAGAGUAAACAAUUACCCACUUUUUUUAUAAAUGACAUUAUAACUUCCUUUACCCAGGAUAUUUUAUGGCCAGUUCCCACAAUGACUUUUUGUUUUAGUUGACAUGAUACAACUUGCAUUUAUCCACAUUCUUUUAGGUUCCUUGAUCAUCCAUAAAUCAUCCAGGAUAGCCUCUCAUCCUUCAGUAUGACCAUUCACCAGGAUAGUCUCUUGUUUUUCACAAUAUCCUCUCAUCCAUGAUAAUAGCCUUUCAUCACCCAGUAUACCUCCACAUCAUUCAGGAGAACCUUUGAUAUUGAAUCAGUAUUUUGUAAAUGGAGCAUAACCCAACAAUUUAAUGUUUGAAGUUAAAGGACCCCUCUAUAUUUUUAUGAGCAUGGACUCUUGGUAGUGAAAAUGUAGAAAAUGUUUAAACGCAGUAACUCUACAGAAUUACAGAAUGACGUCUGGCACUGCAAACUUCAGUUGGAAAAAGUGGACUGAAGAUCGGAUGCAGGAGUUUUGUCCUCCACAGAGAAUCUGUCUCACUCAGUACAGACCUUCAGGUUGACAGAACCUGUGUGGGAGAAAAGUGCUGGAUGGUGAGCAGGUGUAGAGUCACGUUGUCAGUUUGUACAGCUAAAGUGUGCAUCUGUGUGAUUUCCGUGCUGCCUCCUUUAAGGGGUAAUGCAGUUUCCUCCUAUAUUCAGUGUCACGGGCAUUAUACCAAUAGUGGAACAUUUCGACAAUAGUGCUUUAGUGAUGAAAACACCUGUGUCAGCAGGUGAGGUCAUCUGUACAUGUAGCAACAAACAGGACAGCUCAGGAGUCUCGCCACGCAAAUCCCAUCCUGAUGUUUCCUGCUCGGGCUUGCAGCACUCGUGCAGGAAUUGCAUGUUCGCACUGGCAGUGCUGAGACGGACUGUCACUUCACCCCUAGCCUGUUGGCUCAGAUCAUGGACUGUUUCACACUAGUCUGGUUUUGAAUAUGGAGAAACUGCUCAAGGGAGCUUCUGGGUUUUCUAAAGGGCUUGUGUCACACAUGCGAAUGUUCCACACUUAUAUUUCAUUUUGAUAUUUAUGUCAUUACCAAACUACUUUUUUUUUUCUCUUGAUGAGGUUCAGCUGCAGAAAAGUAGCAAAGGGUGACGUAUAUCCUUUCUGGGGUCUGAGAGUAAGUGACAGUCUGUCUGUACCUUCCCCCCCUGGGGACAGUGUCCGGCCCAGGCGGGUGUCUUGCAGCACAGCCAGCCCAGAAAACACCUGGUGCCCAUGGGGAACAUCCUACCGGAUGUGUGUCGGAGAUGAGAAAUGCUGCCGUUUCUGUACACGCAGCCUGACCCCCCCUGUAUCUGUGUGCUUCUGAGCGUCCAGCCACAAAGCAUCCCUGAGGACAAUUUUAUUCCUUAACACCCAGAUUUCACAAUGUUGAGGAUUGUAUACAGCAUCUGUCAUGAGUAUAUCAUGAAUACAUCGUAUCUAUGUCAUAUUUCAGGAAUACAUCAUGAAUAUCAUGUUUGGCUUUUUAUUUUCAUCUGUGUCUUUUGCAAUAAAUGUUGAGACAAAACA